GCCAGUGACAUCACCCGCUGGGGGAUGCAUUCGCGUGGGACGAUCGACUGUCUCCUCUUUUUUGUCGCUGGGUAAGCCCACUUGGUUACCGAACCUCCUGGUUUAGUCCCAGACUUUCGUCCGCUCACAGCCGCAGGUGGCCUCAGGCGCCAUUUAAUUUACUAGGUCCAAAAUCAACUGAACUCACUGGACGAACGACGCAACCCAAACGACUCCCCGCGGAUCGCACUGACCAAGUUGAUUGGCAGAAUUCCCCUCAGUUGAACGUCGUCUCCCUGCUAUUUUCGUGUUUCGGAGAUUUGUUCCACUUUCCCCAACAAAUAUAUUCGUACUUCUGGUUUCCCUGGUCUCCAGGAAACGAACUCGCUUUCCGUGUCGCCUAAAGUGGAGUUUCUAGCGUCGCGGCGGUUAUCCCAGGAAUCACACCAGAGUGGUUGUCUAUGUCUAACCCUCCCAAGAAUUACGAGUUUCCCACCCAGCGUUGCGUGCGAGUGUCAAACUAGCGGCUCGCAAUCGACCAGGAUUUCCAGCGAACCACAGAACACAAAAGAAUUUAAACCAGAGACAGACCAAAAAUGGCCGCUACGGAGCAAACAUACCCGGUGCUACCCAGCACCUUACUCAUCAUCUCGCUGAAGAUGUACUUCACACCCACCCGAACAAUAGACUAUCUCCGCGCGCUGCUCGACCCCCAGAAUGACAUUGUGCGGCCCGCGAACCGCUCCAAGCUCCUGUUGGCCCUGAUCCCCGACUUCCUGACCAUCUACCCCAGCAACGAGAUCCUCAAAAACUAUGAAGCCAGCCUAGCCCCUCAGGAAGCCAAGACCCUGCCACCCGCGUUCCUCCUGGGCGCCCAGGACUGCUUCUGGGAGCCGCUGGGCGCAUACACGGGGGAAGUGUCCCCACUCGCUCUCCGCGCCAUGGGCGUGUCCAUCGUUGAGCUGGGCCACGCCGAGCGCCGCUCCCUGUUCGGCGAAACAGACGACCAGACCGGUCGCAAGGCCGCUGCGGCCUCCGCCCACGGUAUGGUGCCGCUCGUGUGCAUUGGCGAGGUCACAGCGCCGGGCCCCGUUGCGUCCCAGGCCGUUGGGCUGGCCGUGCGCGAGUGCGAGGUGCAGGUGCGCGCAGUUCUCCAGGCCAUCCCCGCCCAUGCGCCUGUGAUAUUCGCCUAUGAGCCCGUGUGGGCGAUAGGAAAGCCCAGGCCAGCUGGCGUCGAUCACAUUUCUGCCGUGGUGGACGGCAUCAAGGCGGUGAUUGGGGAGCGUCCUGGGGACGUCCGCAUUUUGUAUGGGGGAAGCGCCGGGCCGGGCCUGUGGGGCGCGGGCGGUCUGGGGAAAGCCGUUGACGGCAUGUUCCUGGGGAGAUUCGCCCAUGAGAUCGAGGGCGUGCGGAAGGUGGUCAGGGAAGUCGAGGAGACGUUGAACGUCGCUUGAUUUCUUUCUUCGUAGUAAUGCGUUUUUCGUAAUGAGCUGCAUAUGCAUAGCAUAGAGGGGUAAAAGCCAGGUCGGGUUGACGAAGUAUACGAGCUUAGAUUGUCAUGAUCUUUCAUUUCUCCUCUUCUCUGUUAAUGUUAUACUGUGCCUGGAAUAGGGUACAUGUGGAUAC